AUGUCUAGCCAACAACGCCCUCCAUCCCGCCCAUGGUUUCGUUUAGCAACCAUGAGGCCGCCGCCACCAACACCUACUCCUAUUGCCCAACCCAAUCAAGUCUCCUCGCCACCAAGGCCUGCCUUCGCUCGACCUACAUUUACCCCUCCUUCCCAAACUACCCCUGUCCCACCACCCCAACAACCCACCCAGACCCCACCACCUAAACAGCCAAACCCAACCUCAUCUCCAUCGCGACCUACCACGCCCCCAGUUCCAGCUAGUAAUAUGGUGGAUCCACCCACUCCACCAACUCUUCCACCACCUACCCCAACCUCGGUUCCAGCUACAAAUGUAGUGGAGUCACCGGCACCACCAACUCUACCACGACCUACCCCAACCUCAGUUCCAGCUACUAAUGUCGUGAAGCCGCCCGCACCGCCAACUCUGUUGCGACCUACCCCAACCCCGGUUCAAGCUACUAAUGUGAUGAAGCCACCUGCACCGUCAACUGUGCCACAACCUAACCCAAUUUCAAAUCCAGCUACCAAUACAGUGGAGCCACCCACACCACCAACUCUGCCACGACCAACCCCAACCCCAACUCCAGUUACAACUACAAAUGUGGUGACGCCACCUGUACUUCCAACUCUGUCACGACCUACGCCAACCCUGGUUCCAGCUAUCAAUGUGAUGGAGCCACCCACACUACCAACUGUGCCACAACCUACCCUAACCCCCGUUCAAGAUACUAAUGUGGUGAAGCCACCUGUACCGCCAAUUGUGCCACAACCUAGCCCAAUCCCAGUCCCAAUCCCAAUCCCAAUUCCAGCUGCUAAUGCGGUAGAGCCACACACAGCACCAACUCUGUCACAACCUACCCCAACUCCAGUUACAACUACAAAUGCGGUGAAGCCACCUGUACCUCCAACUUUGUCGCGACCUACCCUUCCAACUACCAAUGUGAUGGAGCCACCCACACCACCAACUGUGCCGCAACCUACCCUAACCCCCAUUCAAGAUACUAAUGUGGUGAAGCCAUUUGUACCGCCAAUUGUGCCACAACCUACCCCAAUCCCAAUUCCAGCUACCAAUGCGGUAGAGCCACACACAGCACCAACUCUGCCACGACCUACCCCAACUCCAGUUACAACUAUAGAUGUGGUGAAGCCACCCGCACCACCAACUCUAUCGCGACCUAUCCCAACCCCGGUUCCAGCUACUAAUGUGGUGAAGCCACCGGUACCAUCAACUUCGUCGCGACCUACCCCUACCCCAACCCUGGUUCCAACUACUAAUGUGAUGGAUCCCCCAACACUGCCAAUUACGCCACCAUCAUCCUUGGAUCCACCAACAUCCCCAUUUCCUAUGCCACCACAAUCCUCACAUUUUACCACCCCUCCACAACAAUCGGUACCUCCCAAGGAAGUCAUAAGUUCUCCUCCGCCAUCGUUGACAACUACAAGGAUCCCAUUCUCCACCACUCGUGAUGUACCCUCCCCACCUAGAAUUGUCAAACCACUAGAACAAUCCCGAUCCUCACCACCUCGCCCACCCCUGACGCAACAAUCUGAACAUCCAUCACCACCAUCUUCCCCACCAAAAAUCAUCACACUAGCUAAGAAAGCCUCACCUCCUCUUUCUCCGUUAGCGCUACCUUCGAUACUUAAACAUAAACCUUAUCAUGAAAGCCCAACUGAAUACAAGCAAAAAACCAUGGUUGUUCAAGAAACCAAAGAAAAACCCAAGAACUUAGUUGGUAACUAUAACGACAUGCUCAUAACUAACAACCCUACUAGAAAAGCUGAAAUUUAUAAGAAGCAAUGGGACUCAGAAGAUGCAGGGAAGAACGUUAUAACCAUUGCAGGUGAAAACAAAGGGGCUAUCAUGACGAUAACCCCUUUCGGUGGAGGCAAAAAACGAGAGUAUUUCGAUAGCAUUAGUAGAUCAAGCAAUGGGGAAAAAGACAACAAGAAUCAAAACUCAAACCCUGCAUUUCUAAAUAGUAAUGUGCAAGGUGUUAACAACUCCAUGCUCUUCAACAGCUCAAUCGAUCAUCAUGAUCCCGGAAUCCGCCUCGUUAUAUCUGAUCGUGUUGGGUUUCAUUCCAAGGAAGAAUAA